AUGCUACUGCUUGUGCUCUUGUCGAGCUUUACGCGUCAUAACUGGAAUCUUGGGGUCACCUUUCUGUGCUUUUGGCUCUUCGUUGAAUCCGUUGCGGACGGGGUCGGCUGCAUCCUAUGGUCCAAUAACGCUGACAUCAAGCACUAUGUCUACUGUGACAUUGUAACACAUCUCCAAGAGAUCACCUUUGUCGUCAAACCUAUGGCGACUCUUAUCAUCACACGUCGGCUCUACCUGAUCGCCAGUCUCCAAAGCCUCUACCUACCCGAUAAGACAGCGAAACGCUGGAAUUGCUUCGUCGAGUGGACCCUAGGUUUGGUUAUCCCACUCCUUGUGGCCGGUCCCAUCUAUUAUGCGAACCAAGGCGUUCGUUUUCAGGUCCAAGAAGGCUUCGGGUGCUCAGACAACGCCAACCCGUCUGUAGUCGAGAUCCUGACGAUUGACAUAUGGACGGUCGUCCCACCUCUCAUAUCUGUCAUACACUACUAUCCGAGAGUCAUACGCAUGUUCUAUCGACAGGGCCGCAACAAUAGAAGCUUUGUUUGCAGCGACAACACCAUCUCCCGCACGAAUUACCUCCGCAUCCUCAUCCUCGCCAGCAUCGACGUGUUGCUCACGCUACCCAUCGGAAUCACGAACAUUGUUCUCAAGGUUGUACCUGCCUUGAAGAACUCUGGCUUGCCGGUCUACCCUGGUUGGACCGUUUUGCACACUAACUGGUCGCCCGUGAGCUUCUCCUACUCACGGAUCAAGGCUAGCGGAACUGCUGGUCUCGCACAGUUCUACUUCACUCACUGGACGUCACCUGUUCUGGCACUCGCGAUCUUCGCUUUGUUUGGGCUUACCACGGAAGCACGCGUAUCGUAUCUGAGGAUUAUCCACUUCGUUAUUGGGCGUAUUGGAUGGAAACCGGGCUCCCGCGGCGCGAAGAAGACGACGUCUUUGGGGGACAUUGAGUUCGGCUUGCGAAUGCAAGGAGGUACCGAGUCUGACCCAUAUACCGAAUCGCGUAUCGAAGGCUUGGUGGACUCCCGCUCACAUGGUGAUCUCUAUGACGGUGAAAAACAUGUGUUGGCGGGUGUACCGUUAAGCAACUCAGAGUCAAUACUGAGCAAGGAGUCGCCCCGAGCUACAGGCAGCGCUGCCUCAGACAAUACUGUUGAGGCGCGGAUGAUUUCCGCUUUUGCGCCGCGACACAACGUCUACGGAAGCGAAGAAAGGAUACAGCAUGAGAAGCCGGAGAUUGUGUAG